UGAGCACUGACUGGUCCACUUCAGUCACUGUCGUGAUCCCGUUCGCUUCGCGUGUGAUUGUUUUUUUCGUGAGUGAGGAUAUCGGAUAAAAAAUAGACUCACCUGAACUUUGAAUUACUGUGCUUCGCCUUUGAAAGAUCAUCGUAGUGAACUGUGCAAAACAACGCCCUUGGGUAAUUUCUAAUGCACUGAUAAACGGGUUGCUUUGAUGCAUGGUGUGGGUGAUAAAUAUUCAUCGAAUAAAGAGAGAUAAUUUACCGACUGUUUUCCCGCAUAUCUUUGGGUGUUGUAAAAUUGUAUCAAACCACGCAAGCGUAACCUAAUCAGCCUCCGCUGUAUUUUGUGUCUGCUUCUUGUGCUCUUCUUAUUGUUGCGACACGCAUACAGUCGAAUCGCAACACUUGAAUAUUUACCUGUGGUCUCUUCUGGGCUGGAACACGCUGAUGACUGUGGUGGGCACAAAGUAGGCUGCGCAGAUUCUGGAAAGGGUUUUAUUUGACUCGGCGCGCAGUGUUGGCCUGAUCUACCUUUCUGUACCAACCGUCAUCACUAUCAUCAUCAUCGCCAUGGUUGCAUAAACAGGAAUGUGGUGUUCUGUGGUGUGUGAAGUUCAAACUUCGAGUAGCGAUCAGCCGAGUGAUACCUCAACGGAAAAUGUGAUGAAGUGAAAAGGUCAAAUCGUGUACGGGGAGGAAACGGGUGAAGUCUUAACUCAAAUCGGGAUUAGCUGCAGGCAGAAAGACGAAUUUGUGUGUUUACCGUGUCGCAGCAAGGCGUUGGAAUUCUGUUGCAGGAAUCCGAGAAACGGUGUAUAGAAGCGACGAAGAAAAACAGGUGCGAUAUUUAGACACUGUGCUCUGGAGGCGGCGAAUGAUGUGCAUGAGAACAUGUGAGUGAGUUGAGCUAAGCAUGAGCUAAGAGGGAUCGGUGGAAGAAGGAAAUCGUUAAUCCCCGGAAAAAGAGUUAUUCUAAAGUGCUGGAUGAUCGUGCGUUAUUGGGCAGUGUUUUAUUUUUUCUCGAGAAGUGGCAAAGUAGCGGUUAAUUGCCAGAGGAGAAUAAUUUGUGCCUUGUUUUAAACGGGAUUGAAGAGGAAUUCGCUGCUGGAUCGGAAUGUUAAUGACCCACGCAUCGAACCGGACCGACCGUAGUGUCAACAUCCAUUCAUUUUCGGUUUCGGAAUUCCAUUUGAAUUGACAAUUUGUGACGCGAGCGAGCGCGAAACGCCUACUACAACAAUAACACGGCAAGCGCAGCAUUUUGUCGGGAGUUUUCAGCCCCAGUGCAUUGUGCAUUAUUGAAAAGAAGAAACAACGUUAACAUAAUUUCGAGCAGAACGACCGGAAAAUUCAACUUAACUGCAGAAAAAAAUAACAACAAAAUUCGAGUGAAAAAUACAACGCUUACUCAGGCCGCGCGCCAUUGUCGUGAUCGUGUUUUGGUUUGCUGCUGAAUGUAACAACUUACCAACCAUUCACCGUGGCCUGCUGAGCCUGCUGGAAAAAAAAAAAGAAAAAGAAGUGUGGUGCAACCGAAGAGGGAAAAGAAGAGUGAUUGUUCGUUCGCAAUUAAAGCAUACCUGGCAGCCAGGUGUGGCAUGAGGUAAUAUUAGAAGCCGCGUGUGCAGUCUGAAGUUUCGGAAAAUAAGAAGUAAAAGCAGUCGAGUCGAGUCGGUGUCAGAGACUCGAAAGCUCGUAAGGAAAUUUACAAGCCCGGUGUGGUGUAAUUUGUACCGAUUUGAGAUCGACCAGAAAAAAGUUACAAACGAAAGUCAUUUACCUUAAAAGUUGUGCUCAGUGUGAAGCAAAAGGAAGCAGUGCAGUGCAUUGAUUGGGAACCAAGUGUCCAACUGUGAAAGCAAAUCAGUGCGAGUUGCGUGCCAAAGAUUGGACCCAUCGUAGUAGUCGAGUUAGCAAAGCAACCACAGGCCAAGGGAGCGGUUUUUUUUGAAACAGUUGCUGUUACCAACAAGUUUGUUCCUUUCAAUCUGCCUACUGUGGCAAACUGUCAAGGAACCGGUUUGCAAAUUUGUUGCUGCGUAACAGCCUCACCCAAGCAAGCGGCGAGCGCGACAUCUAAAUUCAAAGGCAGAUCUUCAUCAGCGAAGUGCCGGCAAAUUGAUCUGAACUCCCGAAAUCGAUCGUUCACCACUACAAGCGUGCUUCUGCCGGGUGGCAAACAAAAGAGAAGUGCUUAUCAGGGCGCGGAAGAGAGCGGAAGCAGCCGAGUGCAAGAGCCCACUACGAUGCGAUCCACAUUGGUGGCGAGGUGUUGGUUGGGUUCGCGUCCUACCACCUGCUGCUACUGCUUCACCGUCAUCGCAGCAAUCGGCGAUUGUUACCGAAAUACACACCAGUGUUGUUAAUUUGGUGUGGCAGCCAACUUGGAUCGCACCGCGCGGAAGAGGGGGUGUAACUUCCGUAUGACCUGUACGCGUGAAGACCCCUCAUCCGAGCCCCUCGCCGUUCAAGUGCUUUCGGAUAUUCGGAACUACUUCACCAGUUCCAACUAGAGUAAACCUCUCUCUCCCACCCAUUGAUCAUCGUCAUCGGUCAUCGUUAUCUCGCUGCUUGGUUACCGAUCAUAGCGCGAACGCAAACACGCGAAAACGGCUACCUCCGUCUACAGCUCGCUAAUUAUCGCUGGCACAAGCGAAGACGAUCGGCAAGAGGAUCGGCCCAAUCAUCGCCACCAUCAUCAUCAUCAUCAUCGGAAGAAACAUCGUCGGCCCUGGGGUGGCACAGGCGGAGGUCGUGGAGCAGGGAGUGGCGGUCCGGACCGAAACUUGAGCUUCGAUAUCGGCAAAAUGGAGCACUCGGAUUUAGUUAGCGAGAUGGCUCAGGUCGAGCAUCUUUCAACGCAGGAUCGGCUGCACCUCGCGCGGAUGCGCCGGGCCCAACAGCUGAAGGUGGCCAAACAGCGCGAGAAGGAAUGGCUCAAGGCCCAACGGAGCAAGGAAAGGAUGGCACAACAGCAGCACAUGUCCACCUACAAGCGGCACAUCACCUUCGAGGACAGCGUGGUCCUGUUGGAGGCCGCAGCCCGGAACGAUAUUGCCGAGGUGGCCAAACUGCUGCAGAAGGGCGUAACUCCGGACGCAACCAACAUGGACGGUCUAACGGCACUGCACCAGUGCUGCAUCGACGACAACGCGGAAAUGUUGAACCUUCUGCUGGACUACGGGGCCAACGUGAACGCUCAGGAUAGCGAAAGGUGGACACCACUACAUGCUGCCGCUACCUGCGGACACCUGAAUCUGGUCAAGAUACUGAUAGGGCGGGGUGCAAACCUGCUUUCGGUGAACGCCGACGGUAACAUGCCGUACGACAUAUGCGACGACGAGGAGGCCCUGGACUACAUCGAGGCGGAAAUGUCCAAACGGGGCGUCACGCAGGAGCUGAUCGACGAGACGCGAGCGGCGACCGAGACGCAGAUGCUCAAGGAUCUGCAGGACACGGCCGCCCAGGGUGGGGAUCUGGAAGUACCUGAUAGUCAGGGCGCGACGCCGCUUCACAUAGCGUCGGCCAAUGGCUACACGAGAGUGGUUGAGUUCCUAUUAGAGCAGCAUGUAUCGACGGACGCAGUGGAUCACGACCUGUGGACUCCGGUGCAUGCUGCUGCCUGUUGGGGUCACCUCGAAGUCCUGGAGAUGCUAGCGCAAAGUGGCGCUGAUUUGAAUGCCAAAAACAAAAACGAUGAAACACCUUCUGACAUUUGCGAAGAUCCGGAAAUUCGCGAGCGGAUAGAGCAGCUCAAAUCGGAACAGGAGAGCAAACGACUGGCCGAAGCCCAGCGGAAGCGGGUGCGGCGAUCCCAAAGCAAUAACACCAGAGCCCAAUCGGUGCGGCGGACGUCCCUUCGGGACAAGGGUCUCACCACCAAGAAGGACGCCGUCGAGGAAGCCCGGUUCCGGUUGCAGGCACAAGAGGGCUACACGACACCGGAUGGGCCGACACCAAACACUAACCCCAACAACAGCUCAACGACAAACGCCGUCGUCAAUAACAGCACCAACAACAAGAAUGCCAGCAAUGGUCAUCUAAACUCUGUAAAUAACAAUAACAUCAACGCCACCAAUAACGGUAACUGCACGACGUUGAAUAACGGACUGAACAACAAUACUCGUUACAACAAUCAUCUCAACAAUAAUCACAACAAUAACAACAUCAGCAGUAGCAAAGACCACAAUUACGGUCCCCCUUCUGCGGCAGCGACGAACCCCUCUUCGACGACCUCUUCGGCGUACUCCUCGCUCAAUCAGUACGACCGGCGGUCGCCAGAGGGCAAGGACAAUGAUUCCUACAUGAGCGAAUCCAGCGUCGGCGGCGGAAAGAUGCUGAACAACAACAACAAUCUGAACAACAAUAACAACAACAGCAAGAUACUAGCCUUAUCAUCCUCCUCUCCAUCCUCCACAGUCAAUGGUAAUCUAGUCAGUAGCAGUAGUAGUAGUAGCAAUAGCAAUAGCAAUCAACCGAACAUUCCAAAUACGGGUGCCGUGGUACCGGCUUCGACGACGACGACGACUACGACGGAAGUGUACUCCACCUCCAACAACGAGAACGGCAAGAUCAACGUCCAGGUGACGGUUCUAGUGGGUGAGUACCGGAAGUCCCUCCUCCACGACUGCUACGGCGGCGAGUACAAGUCCGAUGCGAGAACCUUAGCGGACCUGAAGAAGCACCGAUCGCAGAACCGAUCCAGCGUCAGCCCGGAAAACGGAUCGCUCCUGAGUGCGCAGAGUUUGGGCAGUUUGACGACCGGCCCCAACGGGCAACCCCUGGAGCUGUCCCUGGUGUCCACCACGACUUCCUCAGACCAUCAAUACUCGUCGUUGCAUGGCAACGGAAACGGUAGCCUGAUGAGUGCCAGCGGCAUCGACAAGGGCGGCGGUAUUUCGACGGUGAGUUCCGGAAAUGGAUCGCUGGUGAUGAGUGCAGCGGCGACUGCUGGUUCUGACGCCGGCACGCCCAGUGGGACGCUGAACAAAUUCAGCGGAAAUACCAGUGACGUAGUCAGUGAUAGCACCCGCUCCCGACGCUGCUGCGUGGUGAUGUAAGCCAGGAGGGGUAAGUGACAGUUAUGUAUACGUCAUAUCAGUUCUCCGAACGGAAAUCCAAGCAAGCAAAGGAAGCAAUACGCGACCAGAUCAAUGCGCUGAGAAGAGGAACAGGAGGUGAAUUAGCGAAACAAGUGAGAUAGAGUACCUAGGGUUAUAGCUGGCAAGCAACUGAAAGUUGUGAUAUAUACGAUUUGUGGUUUACACGUAUUAUAGUUUUUUUUUUUUUGCAUAGGUUAGGUUCGAUUUUUUCGCGCGUUUCCUUGCUUGCUUCUCCCCUCGUGGAGAGAUGUAGAUAUAUUUGUAUAAAUUGUAAUUGUGUAUAGGUAUUGUACAUGAAAUUAUUGAUCCCUUUUUUUUCGUCCUUGCUCCAUCAUUGUCUUCCCCGAUGGUUAGGAAAAAAUAAUAUUUAUACCAUCGGCUUCACCAUUUUAAACCACUUCAAGCAGAAACACAGAACGCAGUAUUCAGAAUAGUACUUAACACAGAUUCAUCAUUACUGUCGGUAUUAGCUAGGUUUUCGACUGUAUUUGUUCUCGUUUUCCAUUUGUUUUCCUGGCCUACUUACUGAAGGGUAUAUAGUCUUGUCAAAAUGAAAUGUCAAAGAUAGCAUUCGAAUAGCGACGUAAGCAGCAACAAGUGUCGAUCGUGUCUUCGAGUUUCAAACACAUGUUUUGUUCUAAUGAAAUAUAAUUUAUUUUGUUUUUCUAUUGUUGAUUGUACAGCUAAACCUCAUUUUUCGUUCAGUUUUUGUACGCUCUCUCUUUUACCUUUUUACGCUCCAAAUUCCAACUUACGUUCCCUCUUUUUACGCUCCAAAAUGAUGACGACCCACGAGAAUCAACGUAACAUGGGUAUUCCUGGAACAGGACCUAUGAGUAGAUGCCAGAAAUCGAAGUCUGACGCCAAUUUGGAAACCAAGAUGGCGACUUCUGGUUUGUGAAAAUCACUUUGAACCCAUGCAAUACGAGUAUUUUUGGAACGAGACCGAUGCCGGAAAUUGAUGUCUGAGACAAGCAAAAAAAAAAACAUUUCAAAUUUCUGCUAUAAUUCUAUGUUAAAUAAUAUGUCGUCUGGUUUGUCUAAAAAUGUAUUGGACGUUAUGGUACAUUUUUUACUUAACCCAAAAACUUAGCCUCGAGACGCGUGAAACACUUGUCCAUAUCACAAAAACGUCAACUGUCAAUAGCAAACAUAGUAGACUAGGCGUCUAGUGCGCAUGUAAAUACACUGUGAAAAUUUUCAAUAAACACCAAACAAAAGCAUACAAUUACCGAUUUAAUUAUUGCACUCAAACCGAUACAAAAAAAAACAUUGUCAAACAGAAGCAUCACCAGCAAGGUUGAAUUACGAAAGCUGACGAAAAAAGGAAAAAAUCAGAAUUUAUAUUUAUAAAACUCCUCAAGAAAAU